AUGGUUAAUCAAACCACAGUGAGUGAGUUUAUUCUCCUAGGAUUCUCCACUUCUUCACAUAUGCAGGUUCUCCUCUUUUUGAUGGUUUUAGCUAUUUAUAUCAUCACCCUCCUGGGGAACAUAGUUAUCAUGCUGGUGAUACAGGCUGACCCACACCUACACACUCCUAUGUACUUCUUCUUGGGAAAUUUAUCUUUUAUUGAUAUCUGUUAUUCCUCAGUCACAAUCCCAAAGAUGUUGCAGACCUUCUUGGUGGAGAGAAAGACUAUUUCAUUCAGUGGCUGCAUCACACAAGUGUUCUUCUUUGUUUUCUUUGCUACAGCUGAGGGGUUAAUACUUACAGCAAUGGCUUAUGAUCGGUAUAUAGCCAUAUGCCAACCUUUGCAUUAUGCUGCAGUCAUGAAAAAUUGGGUUCAUGUCCAGCUGACAUGUAGUGCAUGGAUAACUGGGUUUUUCUAUUCCUUGCUGAACACUCUACUUACGAUGGACUUACAAUUCUGUGGGCCUAGUAUAAUUAACCACUUCAGCUGUGAGCUCCCCCAGCUGUUCAAGCUCUCAUGCAGUGACCCCUUUACCAAUAAGAUGGUGAUUUUCACUGUUGGUAUAUCACUGUGGGGAGGGGCUUUUCUCAUCACACUGAGUUCUUAUGUUUGUAUCAUCUCUACCAUCUUGAGACUUCAGUCAGUGGAAGGAAAACGCAAAGCUUUCUCGACUUGCUCUUCCCAUUUGACAGUAGUUAUCCUGUAUUAUGGACCAAUUUUAUUUAGGUACCUGAAACCCACCACACAGAACUCAGAGGAUCAGGACAAGUGCAUCUCCAUGAUUUACAGCAUUUUAACACCCAUGCUGAAUCCUGUCAUAUACAGCCUGAGAAACCAAGAAGUGAAAAGGGCUUUGGGAAAUGUUUUUGGCAAAACAGGGUGA